AUGCGAUUACUUGGACUCCUUUCUUUAUGCAUCUGUGCCGUCGUUUCUCCACCACCGGGACAGAAGAAAUGUGUGAACGGUACAUUGGCGAAUGGGAUCUGUUUGUGUGAUUUCGGGUACACUGGGACGAUGUGUCACCGAAAAAUGAACUGUGAUACGUUGGAGCGAUUACCUAAUGGAAGUUGUGAGCCAUGCGUGAAAGGAUGGGCUGGAGCCGAUUGUGACAGAAUUGAUUGUGGAGAAAAUGGAGCUCCGAAUGGGGAUCACACAAGGUGUCGAUGCGAAGAUCCUUACUCAGGUGAGUAUUGUGAUGUUUUGAAGACUGGCGACGUCUUGCACAGUUACAAUCGCUAUUUCACAACGAUCGGCCCACUUGGAGUCAUUUUCGUCAUUCCAUUAGCUCUCAUGGUUAGAGCUUGCAACAAAGCAUCAGCAAAGCUGAGAACAGCUAAGGUUGAGCGACAUCUAGAGACUCACAUCGUGAAGGGAAUGGAUUUAGAUCCAAAAGUCAUUCAUAAACUUCUCAAGAAA